GAAGAAGAAGAAGAAGAAGAAGAAGAAGAAGAGGAAGCAGCAGUAGCAGUCAUGCAUUGCUUUUCCUACUGAGGGGGGAGUCGGCUCCCUUCGUUCACUUCAGCAUCGGUCGCUCAUAGAGCCGACACAUCACAACCGCCUCCUCCAUCGUCUCUGAUGUGCUACCCAAGCCGCCGCUGUCUCCUCUCCCUCGGCCACCCGUCAGACUCAUCACCCUCCUCCGUCUGUCUGUCCACCAACAUGCUAAUCUGUCGUCGUAAUGUUGAUAAAGGAAUCCGACUCCAAAACGCACGACCGUUAGUGCUGUUUCAAGAUGGAAGCUUGGCCUGAAAGUGAACCGGCUUCAUGUUUACGACCGUCCGUAUGUAGUGCGUCAGGCGCUGAGGAUGAAAUGAUGCCAUCAUCAGCGAUAUGACAGCAUAGAGUGAAACGGGGCCUGAUCAUGGGAGACAGAAGGAGGUCACCAUGUGCAGAAAUCUCUCCAAAUAUUCCCUCAUCUUCCUCUUCCUAGCCCUGCUUGGCCUCAUCUUCCUGCUGCGCAACCUCCACACUGUGGAGGUGAGGAGAGAAAACUGGAACUGCCACACUAUUUCAGCCCUCUACCACCUCCAUAGCAGGAUCCAAUCAACCUUCAUCCCAGUGGAUCUCCCUACUUUUCAUCACAACCACACCUUCUGUGCCCAUCUGGGCCAGAAACCCUCCCCUCAAGAUGAACUGGAAGAGCGCUACCUAUUGGACUCUAUCGCCUGGCCUGGCCCUCCGCCUCGCUCUACACCAACCACUCUGCGCCAGACGAGUGACCCUGUGCACAGCCUGUUCGCCAUUCUUCCCACUAAGGGAGGAAGGGAGUGGCAUGUGGGCGACCAGCUGGAGGCCCUCGUCCAAAUGCAUGACUUCCAGGGUCGUCCCAAGCACUAUGGCGGGGAUUUCCUUUUGGCCAGACUGCACUCCCCGGAGCUUGGAGCAGGUGUAGCCGGUACGGUGCUGGACCACAAGAAUGGAUUUUAUUCUGCUCUGUUCCCGCUCUUCUGGGAGGGGUCCGCACAUGUUGAGAUUACGCUGGUGCACUCAAGCGAGGCCAUUGCUGUGCUGCGACGGCUGAGGGAGGAACGGCCAGAUCGAGUCUUUUUCAAGAGCUUGUUCCGCUUGGGCUUUCUUUCUGAAACUACUGUGUGCAACAUGUGCCUGCCCCCUGACCCUCAGCCUCUGUGCAAUUACACAGACCUUUACACAGGGGAGCCCUGGUACUGCUACAAGCCUAAAAUACUCAGCUGUGACACCAGAAUCAACCACGCCAAAGGAGGCUAUCUGAAACGCCUCAUCACCAACAAAGAAGCAUUGCUCUUCCAGAGUGGUGUAAACAUCAAAGUUCGCAUUCACUCUUCAGGACCCGAUAGAAUCAAUGUGCUGCCUCCCAGGAAAGAUAAAGUAGAGGUAGAAAGCAGCAGUAGAAAGCCAGAAUCUAUUAAGCUAACACCAUCUGGAUAUUACUAUGAGGACUCAUGGAGGCCAUUAGGUGGUGUUACAAUGCGCCAGUUCAAUGAAUCAUCUGCCAUCACUCAGUGUCUGAAGAAUAAGGUGAUCAACAUGUACGGAGACUCUACCGUCAGGCAGUGGUUUGAGUACCUCAUUGCUUUAGUACCAGAAUUAAAGGAGCUCAACCUGUACAGUCCUAAAAACGUCGGGCCUUUCAUGGCGGUGAACAGCACCCAUAAUAUUCUCUUGAAGUACCGCUGCCACGGCCCGCCCAUCCGCUUCUCCACUGUCACGGCCAGUGAGUUGCGGUACAUUUCAAACGAGCUGGACAGGCUCUCUGGGGGUCCCAACACCGUCGUGGUCCUCAGCAUUUGGGCUCAUUUCAGCACCUUUCCUGUGGAAGUGUACAUACGGCGGCUACGUCACAUUAGACAGGCGCUGGUGCGACUUCUGGAUCGAGCCCCGGGGACGAUCGUUGUGAUCCGCUCAGCCAACCUCCAAGCCCUGGACCAAGAGGUGAGCCUGUACAACAGCGACUGGUACUCCCUGCAGCUCGAUAAGGUGCUCAGGUCCAUGUUCAAGGGACUGAACGUUCUGCUGGUGGACGCUUGGCAAAUGAGUUUAGCGCACCACCUUCCUCAUGCCCUCCAUCCACCUCCAGUCAUCGUCAAGAACAUGAUAGACAUGUUUUUGUCUUACGUUUGCCCAGACAAGAAAAAGAGCCAACAGAAAUAGAAAAACAGUGACGAUCGUGCUGAAGGAAACUGAAGAGUUUGUAGCUGCAUUUCAUUAGUAUACUGCUGUUUACAAAUCAUCAGAAAUACCUGCAGACGCAUUUCAAUGAGGCGAAGGCAUCUUCUGUGGAUAAUUGCAAGUGCAUGUAGGAAGUUGGUAAUUAGCUGCAUCAGUUUCUGAUUUAGAAAUUUCUGUUUGUGAUCUGCAUCAUAACUAUUAUUGCUACAGGUUUAUGAUAUUUUGCUAAACAGCAAUUUUCCCAUGUGUUUACAGAUAAUGAAACUAAACAGUACAACAAUCCAAAUAAAUCAAUGAGAUUUUCUUAAGAAACUAACCAGGCAACAGGAAUUUUAUGUACAUUACUGCCACCUAACCAUGGAUGUAUUUUCUUGCACCCAAUGCAUAACUACAAUGCAUUGUGGGUGAUAUACACCUCAAGUUCACUUCAGUUUUUCAGACAAAUGAAAAUACACUUAUGAUGGCGAGGGGAAGUCAACGAGGGCAUGUUGAAUGUACACAUGAGUCAGUUCCCAACAGUUUUCCCAACUUUGUUUUGAAAAUGGAAGUGUUCUCCAAAGCUACAUACCCUUUAAAUACUGUCUUUACUGAGACAUUUUCCAGACUUCCAGUACUGAUCUCUGUUUACUUGCCUGCUAUAUUUAAUUUUGAAUCCCACAAAACAAAUUUUAUCCUGGCACAGUGAUUGUUACUAGCCAUCUGUUUUUGUUACCACAAUGUUUUGUGUGUGUGUGUGUGCGCAGUACUUUUACUUAAGUUGCCCAUAUUUGGUGUUGGUAUUCUUUCAAGGUCGCAGUUUGAACUUUGUGUGUGUGUAUGUGUGUGUGUGUGUAUAUAUAUAUAUA